GUUACUAUUUUGUGGCAACAGUAAAACAUAUAAAAAUCAAAAGUACUUUCCCUUUAAAAUUUUUGAAGGGUUAUGAAGACCAAAUUAAAGACAUGAUAUUCAUUUCUUUGAGCUCUGUAAUUCAACACUCCUAGAGGGCAGCCAGUUUCACAAGCCCAGGGCGGCUUCACACACAAAUACGUCUCUGAGCUUUUGUCAGAUGCUUUUCCAUCCACAAGAGCAUCUCUUUUGUAUUGAAAAAAGAGUUCCUUGUAACUCCGAAACACGUGUAUGCAAUUCUCUGCAAAUUUGUGCAAUUUAAUGUUGUAAUAAUUUUUUUUAUGUUUUCGCACAAAGAUACAAUGUCUUCAACAUAUUUGCCUGUUGAAACUAUAUUAAAAGUAGAUGAUAAUGAAAUUUUAAUUGCUGAAAAUCCAAAGGAUGAAAAGUCACCAUCGGGAAACUAUGUUUCCAUUGGCACUCAGUGUGAUUGGAAAGUUGAAAUUACAGAUCCUAAGUCUUAUAAUAUGUUAUCUUCUGUGGAGAAUGAUUCAAAAAUUAAUCUAUUUAGUACAGAAUCCUUAUCUGUACCAGAAAGGAGCACUAAUGAGGUACCAUUGGUUAUUAGGAACUGGCCUCCCCACUCUGAUCCUAAUGCUUGUGGAGAACAGAAACUUAUUGUUCCAGCUGCAUUAUCACAACAGUUUUCUUGCAAUAUUCAAGCUUUACCAGUUGAUGAAAAGUUUUUUCUGCAAUUUGACUAUAAAACAAGAAAUAAAUUAAAAACAAAACAAAGGCGGUUGGAUCCGUACUAUAGAACUCAGGAAAGAGUAAGGCAGCGAACAGUUAUGAGAAUAAAACGGCAAGAUCCCCGAUUCAGGGCAGCUGAACGGGAAAAAGGACGCUAUCGAAUGCGCUUAAAAAGAUUAGAUCCUGUGUUUCGAUCUCAAGAAAGAGAAAGACAACGAGAGCGUAUGAAAAUAAAAAGAAGUAAUCCAGUUUUUCGUGAAAAAGAAAGAGAACAACAAAAGUCUAGGUUACAUGUAAAACGUUUAAAUCCAGAGUUCAAAGAAAAAGAAAGGGCUCAGGACCGUCUUCGAAUGAGAUUGAAAAGACAACAUAAUGGAUUAUUUUCAACUGUACAUACAGAGAAAGUUAAGCUUUUAGAAGAGUCUGAAAGUGAUGGCAUGUCUGAAAGUCAAACUUGUAAAGAUAUUUCUGAUACUUGUGAAACACAAACAUUGAGAAGCAAUCAGUCUGUUUUCCCAGAAAAUUUUAAUGCAAGAUUUCUAUGUUUAAAGCCAAAAGAAAACCUUGAAUCUUUUCAUUUCAAAAAACAGCAUAUUCUAAAUUUCAAUUUUUAUAAUAGUAGCAAAGAACAGUGGGCUGUGCCUGAUGAUUUAUGUGCAAAAAAUAUCACCCCUUUUAAUAUCAUUGGAGAGUGUGAGAAACUUCAAGAAUCCAUCAAUUCAAGUCACAUUGCUCUUUUUGAUAAAGCAAAUUCAAUAGGUUGCAAAAAGUCACACAUAAAAACUGAUGUGGAACUUGACAAUCCAAUUGAUGCUAAGCAUGAGAAACCAUCAAAUGUACAUUCUGAAAAGCAAGAGGAUCCUUCGUGCAUGAAUGAUUCUCCCAUUUCAAGAUUUCCUUUGCCGUCAUCACAGGUUGCUGAAUGAAUAUGCUCCAAGCACUUUUAAAGUUUGAUGUUCCUAUUUGAUGAAUUAUAUUCAAGAAGAAAUGUGUUGUUAAUAGAUGCUUCAUGACUGAUGUCGAAAAGCACCAGUUAACUUAAUGCUUUAAAAUUAUUACAGAUUAUAUAAUUUAAAAAUAUGAAAAAAUACUAUUUUAGCUCAUUAUUCUUAGAUAUAUUUAUUCAGUGCUAGUAUUGCUUCAAUACUUGUAUUUUAUAGAACACAGUAGCUUUAUUCCUUUAAUAUUCAAAAUAAAUGAUAUUGUCUUCAUAUGUUACUAUCAAUGUUACCUUUAAAAUUUCAUUCCAUGAAUUUAAGUUCUGUGAAAGCCUAGUCAGACUUAUGUCUUCGUUUUAAAGCAUUCAUGCCAUUUGUGACAUUUUUACAAGAAUUGUUUUGUAAAAUGAAAGCAUUAAUGUGUAAAUGUAUACAGAAAAAGAACAUGAAACUGUAUUCACAUGUGUUUACAUUUUUCAUUAAAACAUGGCUAACAUGUACCUUUAAACAUU